GGGGGACUUGAUGCCUUUGAAUUGUACUUUUUUUUAUUUUUUUUAUACUUCAACUACCACGAAGGCCUAAGGCCUAAGCACCCAUUGGGUACCGUGGCGCUAUAGGGGGAUACACGGACUCUGGCGAGGGAACACGUGUGCAUGCAACAUGCACACAUUCUGGCUCCGCCUACUAGAUCCGCCGGAUGGUACCUCCGCGUUCGACAGUCAGAGACCGUCUACCACCUACGGACAAUCACAACAUCCAUAGCCAAGAGAAAAAUUUCUCCUGGGACGGGACUCGAACCCGCACAGCGCACGGCGACUGAUCAGGAGACCGCUGCUGCCUAAACUUUGUACUUCUGUACUUCUGGACAUACAAAAUCUAAUAAUGAUGUGCAGAAGUGUUC